GGAGAGCGGAUAUAGUGAAUGCAGGGUCCGGGGAGAGCGGAUAUAGUGAAUGCGGGGUCCGGAGAGAACGGAUAUAGUGAAUGCAGGGUCCGGGGAGACCAGAUAUAGUGAAUGCGGGGUCCGGGGAGAGCAAAUAUAGUGAAUGCAGGGUCCGGGGAGAGCAGAUAUAGUGAAUGCGGGGUCCGGGGAGAGCGGAUAUAGUGAAUGCAGGGGUCCGGGGAGAGCCGAUAUAGUGAAUGCAGGGUCCGGGGAGAACGGAUAUAGUGAAUGCAGGGUCUGGGGUGACCAGAUAUAGUGAAUGCAGGGUCCGGGGAGCCCUGGAUAUAGUGAAUGCG